GAAGUUUGCACCGACCUGCUGCUGCUGCACCUAUGAGUCUCCAUGUAAAUGGAUUAUGCCGAGAUAAGGAGCAUAUGACUCGUCCUCCGUCCGAUAAUGGCACGCGAUGGUUCAUCUGUGGAGGAUUUCCCGGACAAAGUGAUGCCCAUAGCGGCUCCCUGCACGUGCAGCAAGAAGUGCAGGAGUCGGAGCAGCAGCGUUGUGUUCCUGGGAUUAUUCCUGCUGUCGCUGACCCUUCACGCUGUCACCCUCGCCUGCUAUUUGGACCUGCGGUCCCAAGUCAAAAGGGAAAUUAUUCACCAGAAGCGGGAUUCAAUGGUGACACUUGAGGGGAGUGACCUGGCUGACCCGGCGUCGGUGCUCUCGCCCGGCCACUCAGUCCGACUGGACUCCGGCAGCAGCCGCGGAGGAGAGAGUCAUGAGGAGAAGCUACUGUACAGAAAACCUGACUUCCACGGCACAGUGGACGACAGAGGCAAAACUCAGCGAGCGAAAAGGAGUCCCGGCAAGGAACCAGAAACAGAAUCAACUGGAAAGGAAAAAAGGAAAGAGAAGAAAAAAGGGAAAAAAAGGCCUGUGCCAGGACCACCUGGCCCCCCUGGUCCCCCGGGCCCACAGGGGCCACCGGGCAUCCCCGGUAUCCCAGGUAUUCCAGGAAGCAAUGUUGUGGGGCCUGCAGGGCCUCCAGGACCCCCUGGGCCACAAGGACCGCCAGGCGCUCAAGGUCCAGCAGGGGUUCCUGAUAAGGGCAAAACAAAGGAAUUCCAGCCAGCAGUCGUUCACUUGCAGGGGCAGGAAACGACGAUCCAAGUGAGAGAAGAUCUGUCUCAAGGCGUCCUUAAGAACUGGAAGAUGGUGUCCAUCCAUCACCGCGUGUUUAAAAUGCACUCUCGCACUGGGCAGCUGGAGGUGCUGCUGGACGGUGUCUACUUCAUAUAUAGUCAGGUAGAAGUGUACUACCUCAACUUCACUGACAUUGCCAGCUAUGAUGUGAUGGUGGACUCCAGCCCGUUCCUCCGCUGCACUUGCAGCAUCGAGACGGGCCAGCGCAAGUUCAACACCUGCUACACGGCUGGUGUGAGCCCACUCCGCGCCGGCCAGAAGAUCUCCAUACGCAUAGCUCAUGAGUACACACUCAUCAAUAUGACCAACCACACCACCUUCCUGGGAAGUGUGAGACUUGGAGAGGCUCCAUCUGCUGGACAGAACGGAUAACUGCACAGGCACCAGCCACCAUGCAUAAACAUAAAGCAGCAGUCACGUUACUCCAGAGUCACGUUCAUCCUGCCCGAUGUGGGAUUGACACAGUGAUUAGAAGCCCACGUUUUGCCCCUUUUUAGAAGGUUGUUAGAAGUUGAGGAAGCUCCUUUGGUGACUUUUGUUCACUUUCACAUUUUGUCUGUAUUCAAAUGCUGCCCUUCACUUUAACUCUGCGCUGAGAUCGAUGAACCAGAUGUUCUCAUCCAACAAAAGUUUCUAUUUGUAGUCAGCGUUUUGUAUCAGCAAAGCCAGGAUCUCUCUUUAAAGCGGGGAAGGACCCUGUGCUGACGUAUACCAAGUGCUGUUGAAUGAUAAUCUUGUAUCUCCAAAAAAAUAACAACUGUUUAAAAGGUUUUAUUUUUUUAUUUUGGCCUUUUUAAUUAAUUUGAAGAUAUUAACAGUUUUAAAAAGCAAAUGAAAGAUCAAACAAAUGUUCAAAGCAAGUGUAAAGCUAUCUAUGCAAAGUAAAGAAAAUCCAUUAAAACUGGAGUUAGAAGGUAUUCACAGAUUAACAGCACGAUAUAUUUUGCGCGCAUUUGCACUACAGCAUCCCUGCAGAAUAUCAGUGAUAUGUUUUGUUACAGCGCUCUUGUUUAGUUACCUUAUGAAUGAAUCCAUGUAGAAAAAUUAUAGUUGUUAAUACAUGUCUGUACAUACUGUAUAUAAAAUGGGAUAUACUUUUGUAAAUGGAGUUGAUUGAUGGAUUAAAAUGUUUCAUUU